GAUAUAUAAAAUUAAAAUACAUUGCUCGUUUAAAGGUAUAUAAUAAUAAAUAAUAAGAUGAUAAGAUUUCCCCAAUCCUUCGAAGGCGUUUUUGUUAGUGUCUGAAUGGCGGGUGGACCUCAGCAAAUUUGAACGAAAUAUUUAUAAACAUAUUGUAUCUUUGGUGUACCUCAGUGUACCUUUAAUAGAAUCCAGUGUACCUCUUCCUUAAACGAGAUAUUUUACAAAAAAGGUCCACCCGCCAUUCUGACGUCAAGAUGGCGGGUGGACCUAUGAAAACUUACAUUAUACUCAUUAUACUGCACUAAAAGUAGGCAGUUAUAUUGUACCUACAUUGUACUUCUGUAAACUUUUAAUAAAAAUCAGUAUAUCUAUCCCUAAAACGAGCUAGGCACAAAACAAGGUCCACCCGCCAACCUGACGUCAGGCCACGGCGUUUUCAUAGUUAGUCCAUAAAAACUUCUUAGUCGCUAGCCAAAUAUAAAAAUUUAAAGAAGAAAUAGGACAAAUGUCAUCCGGGUUAUUUACAUCACGUAGUGAUUAUAAUUAUGCUCUUUGUUUACAUCCUCCAUUUUUCAUGGACUGUUUCCUUAGCUCUUUUUGUUAUUUUUUCUAAACAUUGUUUUGGUAUCUCUUUAUAACUAAUAGAGUAGGUGCAAACGACAAAAUGCCACCGAAAAAGGAGGAAAAUCCCGAGGAACAGAUGCGCAAAAAGUUUCGCGCUAAAUGUCAGUUUCGCGCGCUCGGGCGACUCGUUCUUGCGAACCGGUACUGGCUUAUAGAGGGCGUUGACGAGUACCAGGGCGUGGAUGACGUGCAACGGCGGGUUACGCAAGUCAUCCGGACAAAGCAACUGAAGAAGCGGUUGUUAGAUAUACAGGAUAAAGCCUUGCUGAACAAGCCUGCGACAGAACGUACGCAUCAGGAGCAGCAAUAUCUCUAUCGGAAAUUAGGUGACUUGAAGUGCUUCAAACGAUAUCCCAAGAAUGUGAGAAGAAAGCUGGCAGCGGCGACUUACUUCAAGUACUACGGUCCGAACCGCGUGAUCGUGCGGCAGCACCACGAGGCCCACGCCAUGUACUUCAUAGUUAACGGAGACGUGACCGUGAGCCAGUUGUUCUACGACGACCUGCUGCAGCAGUACGUGUCCGUGGACGUGGACACGAUGACCAGCGGAGACAUGUUCGGAGAUGUCUCACUGCUGCACAACACGCCGAGAACUGCUACGGUCACUACUACCGGUCACUGCGAAUUGCUAGCGUUGAUGAAGGGAGACUUUAAGCACGUGCUGCAGGCGUUGGUGCAGAAGCAAUGGGACGAGGUGCGUCGCGCCAUGUCGGCGUUCACUUAUUUCGACGGACUCGACGAGAUGACCAGACGCGAAGGUUGUAUAACAGCCAAAAUGAAGUCUUACGCGCCGAACGAGACCCUGCUCGGCGACGGCGAGGGCGUGGCCAACUUCGUGUACUUCAUACUCUCAGGGCGCUGCCAGAUGAUUGAGUCGCUGCAAGUUAACAUCACGACGCACCUCGGCCGCAGCCAUUAUACGUUGUACGAUCCCUAUGUACCACAGCAGGAACAAGAACUUUCUUUAGAAAAAAAAUGGUUUGGAAAUAAAGGCACCAGCGUAAUGAAAUCCGUCACCAAUGAAGCUGCAGCGCAGCAAGAAGCGUCAAAACUCCACGGGGUUCUGAAGCAUACAACGUCGCAGCGACGUGACACUCGAGAGAGUGAUAUCAAACUAGGAUGGAGUCAAACGGCCAUAGAAGCGACUGAUGACGAUGAACCGGCCAUCUCGAAUAUGGUAUUGAAACCGCCUAGCGAAAUUUUGCACCGGGGUUCUGUAAGGUUAAGUGAUUCAAUUCCAGUUUUCGAAAUGCCACAGAAGCCUGCUCCAGCUAAUUUGCGAACGUAUUUCAUGCAGGUGGUUAUCUUCAACCCUGGGUCCACGUUUGGUUUCGGUGAGAACAUGCGUGACCGGCGCAUCGUCGCGCUCACGCCCGUCGACUGCAUGCUGCUGCCCAAGGUCUGGCUGCUGCAGCGGAACACUGCCAACAUCUGGACUCGCAUACAGCACUAUCUCGAGAAGAAGAUCCCCACAAAGAAGCAACUGUUCAAAGAGUUCGUGUCGGCGCGCCGCUGGCAGGAGUUUCGCGACCAAAUAGUGUCGGACGUGGUGGCGCGCUCUAAUGCUGUCAACUUCACCACUGUGCACGACGUGCCUUACUCGAUACGUAUAGAGGAAAUGCUCGAUAUUUAGAGGCAGAUGCUCGCAUUAAGUCAGUGACUAAUAAAUCUACAUAAAAUGUAAUCACAUAAAAUGAUAAUUUAAA